AUGGGAGGCUGCAAGUACUUUGUAGCCUACACCGAAGCGCACUCCAAUUACACGGCCGUCUACCCACUCAAGACCAAAUUGGCCGAUGAAGUUCUGGCCAGCUUGCAACAUUUCCACGCGUGGCUCGAAAACCAAACUGGCGUCUACGUGACCACGUUCCAACUCGGACAACGGCACUGA